GCCCAAUGGAGCUAGUCGCAGUCUCAAGAGGCAGGUGGCGCUUCACCGUGUGGAUGUCUAUGGCCCCCACGAGGAAACCUGCGCCUGGAUCAUGCCAGCAGCUGGUCCGGGGACGUUCUUCGUCUACUACAGCCCCAUGGACGGGAUCCAAAGACCGGAUCCGGCGAUGACGAUCUUUACCAAGGGGACGGAGGUGGAUCGCAUCACGGAGUCGCAGGGCAACGUCAUCGCGGCGAGCGAUAGCACUGCUGCCGCAGUGGCGCCGCGUGGUCAUCGUGGUGGCCUUUGGGUGAAGGAGGGCACCGACAUGGCCUUGGUCACCUGCUUGGCCCUGGCAGUGCAGAAACUUGGCUCUGCAUGGACCAGCCGCAUGUUGGUUGGAAGGCCGCGCGCGGUCUGCGGCCCUUGCUGAGAGCACGGCCAUGGGCCAACCAGCCUCCUGCGGGAUAGAACAUAGGAGAUUGACCCAACGAAAAUGGUGAUUCA